GGAUUCUAAGGAAAAUGCCGACCUGUUGUUUACGCUUCCAGCGUCGAACAUUGGUUCCGCAUUUUUUUCUGACGGCUCUUUCCAUCCGAUACCCACGAAACACGCCAGGGAGGAAAGCUAGUGGGCAAUCGAGUGACUGAGAAGGCGUUCUUGGCUGCUCUCGAGCUGCAGCUACGCCCCAUGGAAUCUUCCACGAUACUCAAGCCCAAAUGGGUCCCAUAGAGCAGUUGAAACCUGGCGAGAAAAGGAGGCAGAAAGGGCUUAUAAAGCUCUGUAUUGAACUAAGUCCUGAGAUCAUGGACAAGUUGAUACGGAGCUAUGGGCCGUAUCCUCUUUUCUGGCGCUUCAAUGUGCGUGCUAUGAUCCAGGAACUUGAGGCGGGAAGCAAGGCAGUUUGGAGGGGGAGGGACCGGCGCUUCAUGGUCACCCGCGAACGACAUCCCAUGGGCCUCCAUUCCAGGGAGGCAGUCAGGGAUGCGAUCGAGAAGCACCAUCAGCCGCUGGGAUGUAGUACUGGUUCCCCAACGACAUCUGCGGCCCCUUUCCAAUCCUACCCGCCCACCUGCUCUAUGCCGUGCUUCCCCCCCCUCACCCCGAUCAGCGGGGGCCAAAUCUUGCCUUUCCCCAUCCCACUACCGCCGCCACCUAUACCACUGCCACCACCCCUCCCCCUCCCUCAGUUCCCAUUCCUUCGCCAGCUCCCCCCAACCAAUAGACAUCUCCAAAUGUCUCGUAUGCUUGAGUACACACCAUGUACUCGUCAGAUCUCUGAUGAAGUGCACGUUCCGACUGUUCGCGGUCGACAACCAAACCCCUUUGGCACAAUAGGUUCCCACCUUCCCACAAGGGGGAACUUAUGAGCGCAAGUCUGGCGCUGACUGUGAAGUGGAAAUUCAUCCAUUCCGGCAGCGUAGCCAAUAUAUCGAGAGACAAUCUCCUUACCCAUCAAGCUCAAUACCAGCGUCCCUCCAGUCAAUUUGUCCUUCGUGCUUCCGAUCUCGGAGCGUCGUUGUUGGAGUGUGAGCGUUGAUUCGGACUGUGUCUGUAUAUGGCAAUGAAGUAAUGAUCUAUUUAAUACAUCUUUG